AUGUGGGACCGCUAUCCGGCGAGGCCAGCGACCGUUGGCGCCCCCACCAGCAAGCCCACCAAGCCUAACGGUGGCGGUAGCGGUAACGGUAGCGGCUACGGUAGCGGUAACGGCAGGGGUAACGGUCAGGGGGGUUCGCAAUUAGUGGAAGGAGCUACGAUGGGUCCGGGGGGAGGAGCAGGAGGAGCAGGAGGAAGGAGCCAGAGGGCGACCUCGAUGGCACCUUUCGGAAAUUCAAAUCUGAAUUCGAGUCCAAAUGGUCAAAAGAAGUUGACGCCGCCGCCUCAGUUGCACGAGAGGGGUUUCUUGAAAGGACAACGAUAUCGCCAGUCGCAGCUGCAACCCCGGACGCAGUCAUUGUCCGUCUCGACAUCGGGCCUCUCGCAGCAGGAACGCCAGCCACACCAGCUGCUGCAGCACCUCAGCCAACAACGCGGCGAGCAGCAAACGGGAACACAACAGCACCUCAGACUGCAUUUGCGAGGAGGACAGACGGCGCAGGGAAGCCAUCACCACCAGAACCAGGGACAAGGGCAAGGUCAGGGACAAGGACAAGCACAGCAGCUCGGAAGGGGAUCAUCCGUCAGGAAUAACUUCCCCUACGCCAACUCCAACAGGGACGCCUCUCCUCCUGCUGCUAACGCUGCUGCUGCUGCUGCCGGCUUGAACUCGACGAGCACCCUUCACCACCAGAACUUCUGGCCCGACGACUUUCGAAACCCCAACGGCGGUCUUGGGAUUGAGCAUAAUUUACCGUCGCCUACGACGCCGCCCAAGAACGAGAAGCGCGCGCUUGGGAGAAUUGAGAGUCCUCAAGAUCGAGACGCGACACGAUAUCGACACGCGACGAGCAUCACGUCACAGCAACGAGACGAGACUUUCCUGCUGCCGCCUCCAGCUCCCCCGCCUCGCCAGAAGCUCAAGCUCAAGCUCAAACCAUAUCGGCCAUCACGACGCGACCGCCGCUGCUUCUCCAGAAAUCCAGCCGAGGCGAUCCUCCCCAACGGCCACCACCCCGACCCGACCUCGGCCUACACGAUGGCCGCCGCCACCUCGUCGUCGCGCCUCCUCCUCGCCCAUCGUGACUUCUCUCGAAAUCUCAACAUCAUUGCUUCGUCCCUCCUAACAGCAGUAGCUAACGUCUCUCCCUGCAGCGCCAUCGAAGACCUCCUUCCUCCUCCGAGUCUCACCCGCCACGACCUCGACAGCAACGGCAAAUCCAACUCGUGGCGCCCUACUUCCUCCGUCUACUCGCUCAAGCGCGACUCCUACUCCUCCCCCGUCUCUCCCAACUUCGCCAACGUGGCUGCCCGUAAUACCUACGUGUCCGCCGUGGCGGACAUCUCUCCCCCGAGCUCUCCUGAUAUGGACGCUCGCCGAGAUGGGAACCGCACUCAAGACCGCAACGUCUCGCCCAUAGAGGAAUCUCCCGACAUGUCGCAGCUCUCUCUCGAAAAUUCUCACGGCGGCCAGAACGGCACGCCUCCGCCCAAGAGCAACAUCCCCAUGAUGCGACGCGAGCGCAGGAAGAACCAGGACGCGGCAGCUCACACCCUCCGAGAGACCAAAUCCCAGCAACGCCUGCGGAUCCAGCGCGAGACCAGGUGGGAUGACAUGACGGGCGAGCCCACGUCCCUCACCACGGGCCGUGCGGGCCAGGUCAGGCCACAAGAGUACGCCCAGGGAAUCGUGAACGAUCAGCCCUUUGGCAAGUCGCCCGCCGCCAUGAGGGCCAUGCAGAACGCACCACAGACGCAGCAGACGUUCAGCGACAGACUGCGCAGGCUACGGCCCGUUGGAGGCUCCAAGCAGCAGUCAUCUGCAGCUGCCACUGCCACUCCGCCCGAGACCCCCGAGGAGCGUCCGCCUUGGCGCGGGGCAAGCGGCCUGCGAGGUGCGAGUGGACGAACUGCCAUCGUCAACCCAGUCCGUGACACGGCGCCCAAAGAACCCCUCAGCAUCCCGCGCAAGAGCAGCAAACGCACCGCCGUUGGGCCUCGGCUGCCCAUCGCCGGCGUCACUUCACCACUGUCCCCUGUCAGCCCCUCCGAAUCUGAAACGUCACCGCGGACGAGGACGCCCACCGUCAGAACUGUGCUGAACGCUCCCCGCCAGCUGAUCUCCUCGCCCUCGCCUACUGCCUCUGCCUCUGCAUCUCCCUCCCCCGACGCCGACGCUGCGGCCACUCGAACCCCUCCGCCCGCUCAGUCCUCCUAUCCCAGUCCCCCAAACUCGGGCAGCGCUGGCGUCCAAUCCCCCGUACUUGCGACGCCCGAGACCACUACCAGUGCGCCUGUCAGGCCCCGGCAGCCUCCAUCCUUGACGGGCCUGCCCGCUGCCCCUAAUGCACAUCUCGGCCAAGACAAGUCUAUUCGAAGGAAGCCUCCUCCUGCCAACUCGCAAGCUCUGCAUGCUCCGCAGCCGUCGUACUCUUCGAGCGUCUACUCCGAGGCUACCGUCCACGCCCCCAGUGCCCACCAGCGAUCGCCCCCUCGUGCACCGAGAUCCCCAGGUGCAGCUCUCAAAGCCAACGAGCCUUGGGAUCAGCCCCCGUCGAGAUUCAGCGUCACCACCUACGCCACCUCUGCCGCCGAUACCCCUCGUCAGUCGACAGACACGGCGCCUCCCCCGGUUCCCGCGUUGCCUUCGCCACAGCUGCCAGGUGACGGGGUCAUGAGCCGCAAGCGACCGCCUGUCCUUGGUCAUACGAACAACGCCGUCAACGCCGACCAGCCGUUCGUCAUCUCCAUGUCCUCGCCUUACAUGUCAACCGCCUUCGCAGAUACUACCUCGCCUGUGCCAGCACGAUCAGAACUCCCCAGCCAGAAGCAGCCGUUGCCUCGAGCUAGCACCCCGAGCAUGUACAGCACGUCCAGUCGACCCGAGUCCGUUUGGUCCACUAGCAAGGCCCUGCCUCCGCCGCCGACUGAGACCUCCAUGGUCAACGACCGUGUCGGCUACCUGAACGCCCGCCUCGAGUCGCUGGGUAACCGCCGCAUCAACAUUAACCAGGCCAUCAAGCAGAUGACGGAGCUCAUGCCGACCGACAGCAUCUUGGCCAGCGAGGCCGUCUUACGGAAGCGCGAGGCAGAGAAGCGGAAGGUCGAGGCCCUCAAGAUCGAGCUGGCCGAGGUGCAGCGCGAGGAGUACGAGAUCGGCCUCAAGCUUCACCGCGCCUACAAGAGAAUGGACCGCAACGCAGAGUACGAGCCCACGACGCUCUGGGUGAGGAGGGUUACUGGCUGA